UGUAUCGAUCGAUGCAGAAAGGGAUGCUGCCGUCCUCCAUUUCUUCCUUUGAUCACACACAGAGACAUCAUCAUGUUGUUUUUAGUUAUUGUUCUAACCUUUGGCAGAGGAAUUACUUCCCAUGAGUUAUGUCCUGAUUCGGACAGAGAACAACUUAAAUGGAGAAAUAACACAACAGAACUAAACUAUCUUCUGCAUUCACAAAAUAUUGUUUGUUACUUUACAAGAAAAUGCGCUGAAAGUAAUCUAACGGAAGAUGUUUUUAUACAAGCAGAUCACGUGAUUCAACUUGAGCUUCAAGAAGGGGACUGGUUAAUUUUGCAGAUGAAUCUUUCCGGUAGUACCGAAGAAGAAAUGGAAGUAUUUAUUGAUCCACUUCCAGAGAGAGAAGCUAUUUCAUGUAAUUUAGCUGUUCUCCCUGUACAAGCUAUGUCUCAUUGGAAAGUAGGCAUAACAGAUAAUAUUACUUUGAAAGAUGAGCUCCUUCUAGCUGGGACACACAUCUUUAGCGUUCGAACAUGGAUACCAUCGACAGGCUGUGAAGUUUCUUGGAUCUUAAAUAUAACAGUUCGAACGCAGGAAUGUUUCCGACAACCUGAUGAUGACGUUUGUUCCGGGAAAGGUGCUUGCUUCACUGAUCCCACAAUGACAACAUUUACUUGUCACUGUUGCCCAGGGUAUGUUGGACGAUUUUGUGAAGAAAAAGACGGUUGUUACGCUAAUCCUUGUCAACAUGGUGGAUUUUGUGUAGAUAUUACAGAAGGACUUACAGGCUCAACAUUUCAGUGUUUAUGUCCACAUGGAUAUCGGGGACAAGCAUGUGAUGAAGAAGUAAAUCUUUGUGAAAGAAGACCUUGUUUGAACAAUGGUACAUGCAAAGGUAAUCAAACAACAUACUGGUGUGAAUGUCCUCCAGGAUAUAGUGGCCGUCACUGUGAUGCUAAUGUUAAUGAAUGUCUAUCAAGUCCUUGUGUCCAUGGUGUUUGCGAAGAUGGACUAAGUGGUUACAAAUGUUACUGUCUACCAGGUUACGGAGGUGACCACUGUGAGUUUGAGUAUGAUGAGUGUGAUUCCAGUCCUUGCAUAAAUGGAGGAGCUUGUGAAGAUCUAGUUGCUGGUUAUCGAUGUCAUUGUGGACCAGGAUAUCAAGGUCGGAGAUGUCAAGUUAAAGUGGACCUUUGCCAACCAAAUCCUUGUCCCACCCCAGCACGUUGCACUGAUCGAGGAAAUAACUAUAGCUGCAUAUGUCAUCCGGGAUACAAUGGUCCUGGGUGUACUCAAAAAUAUGAUCCUUGUUUUCCAAAUCCCUGCCAAAAUGGAGGAAGUUGUUGGCCUAGUUUAGACUCGUUCUUUUGUUCAUGUCAUCAAGGAUAUACAGGUGACACAUGUGAAGAUUUAAUAUCCGUUUCAGAGCUACGCUACCCAGGAAUGCCUUUAGCGCAUAGCCUAGAAGAUACAUCUAUUUAUCGCAGUGCUACUAUUGGUCCAUCUAGUGCCCCUUUGAAUCAUUUACAUAAUUUGUACAUUGCUGGUGCCACUCUAGCAGGAGCAUGUUUGAUAGUUUUAGGAGUUGUUACACUUUUCCAUUGCCGAGUUCACAAGACUUAUCGCAGAUUUCGUCGCCCUUCUUCAACUAAGGAACAGAUCGAAGACCCAGACAAGUAUUCACUGAAGUGGUGUGGGAACGUUUCUAAAGAAGAAAUUAAGGACAGAUUUCCUCUCAUUCAUGAUGGUUUUGCAAAAUAGAAUUAUGUAUAUUAGUGCUCUUGCAUGUAAAUGAAAUCACUAUAGCUUUCAGAUACACCAUUAAUUAGCUCUUUUGUACUUAUUUUCAUCAUGCCAAACAUUUUCAAGAGUGGGAAAAUAUCUUUCAAAAGAAAGCUAUUUUUAGUACAAAUUCUUCGUGUCAAUUAUUUCUAAAUUUGACUAUUAUAUGCCAUUUUUCUUGUGUGAAAAGGGAUCUUUCUAGUAAAUGGAUUUAUUCAGAUUUUGUUCUCUUAUUUAAUGAUAAAUGAAUUCAUGAAAUAUAGGAUUGCAUUAACAUUCGGUAUCAAGUGAACAAAAAUAAAACGUGUAUUUUUAAAUGAUUAAAAAAGUAUUUUUAUUGUUUUUAAACGAAAUGUGCCAUCUUUAAGGAAGACUCGAUAUCAAGCGAAUGACGUGUGUUCAUAACAAAAAAGAAGUUCAUUUAUUUUAUGUGCCAGAUAAUGUCAUUGAGUGUUUUAUAACUCAAUCUUGUGUUUUUUUAUGUUUGUAAACUUAAUUCGACAGUGCAGGUCAGAUACAUAGUUGUCCUUAUUCAUCAAUAACGCACUAAAUGAAUUUUCUAGAAAGGUCCAUUUUCAAAAUACAAAUUGUUGUGAUAUUGUUAAUAUUAAAAGUAUUUUAAUGUUGAAAUUUAAUUAUCCUGCUUCUAAAAUACAGUUGUGAUAUUUUGUUGUCUUUGAAAAAUAAGAAUGCAAUUAAAAUAAUGGGUCAAUAAUAUUGUUCUUUGUAUAUACCAUUGAAAUUCAUGAAGCAGAGGAAAAUUUCAUUAGCAAUGAAUGUUUUGUUAAACUGAAUGUCCAAUGUGCGUAUGUUUUGUUCCACUUAUUCAUUAUCAUGCAAUGUAGUAUAUUUGUAUAAAGAGUGUGUAUAUAUUAGUUUGGUGAAAAACUUCGAAUUGAAAAUAGGCUAAAAGAUAUGUAAAUUGCGUUUAACUUAAAAUCCUGUUUUUGAAUGAUCUGAAGGAUCUUUAGGGAACGAAACAUUAUUCAUUAUGAAAAAUCUCCGUCAAGGAAAAACAUAAUUUUAACAAAAAUAUCGAAACUUUAUCGAAUUAUAAUUGAAACAAUAUAUUUUUAAAAUUAAUUUUUAAUUAUUUAUUCCUGACAGAUGUGCUAAUUCAGGUUGCAUAGAUUAAAAAAAAACACUUAGUUUCACCAACACUAAUAUAUGUAUGUGUAUUAAGAUGCGUCGAAAGCCAAGAAGCCGAAUUUCUAUAGAUUUUCUUCAAAAGUCUGGUUUAUUUUCUCCGUACUUUUUUAAAUCAGUAAAAUGUUUCUUCUAUCAGAAAAAUCUUUAAAAAAAAAUAGAAAGAGUUUUUAUUAUUAAGCAGUUGUCCAAAAGUGGAGAAAUAACAUCGAUCUAAACUUAAAGCUCAGACGACAAUUAAAUUUAAUCCCUAACUACCUCAAAAGACUGGGUGAAGUUUCAUCCUCUAUUUCUCGUGCCUGUGAUAUUUCCGGGUUUAAGUGUUCAAAAACAAC